UAACUCCCAGUAACAGCAUCACUGGGCACCAGUAUCCCCCAGUUACAGCAUCUCCUGGAACCAGUAUCCCCCAGUUACAGCAUCACCACAUCCCACAUCACCAUGUACCAGUAACUCCCAGUUACAGCAUCACCGGGCACCAGUAUCCCCCAGUUACAGCAUCACCCCAUACUGGGAUCCACCAGUAACAGCAUCACCACAUCCCAGUAACUCCCAGUAACAGCAUCACUGGGCACCAGUAACUCCCAGUUACAGCAUCACUGGGCACCA